AUGAAAGAGAAUUAUAGAGCUGGGAUUGUAACUUGUGCUAAAGAAGAUAGAAUCAGUAACUUGCCUGAACACUUGAUAGAAUCAAUCUUGGAGCGGGUCCCGCUUGAAGAGGCUGUAAGGACAAGCAUUUUAUCAAAAAAUUGGAGGUACAGAUGGACCACAAUGAGGGCGCUUGUUUUUCAUGAAUACUUCUCCAUAAAAUUUGCAAAAAAUGGAGCUUUUGGUCGUAAUGGGUUUAUAAGGAUCAUAAACCAAAUCUUGUUCCUUCACAAGGGUCCUAUUUUAAAAUUUCAUCUCCAUAUACCAGACAUAUCUCUUGAUAGCUACAAAGAAGUUGAUCAAUGGAUGCUAUUCUUAUCAAGAAACGGUGUCACUGAACUCGUUCUUACAAAUUCAAAUCGCCGUUAUGAACUUUCUUCUCAUGUGUUUUGUUGUUUAGAAUUGAGAAGGUUGAAACUGCAAAACUGUUUUUAUAAGCCACUUGAGUUCGAAGGAUUUCUCAAUCUUGUAGAACUUAUAUUGAGGCAUAUUGAUUUUGGGGCUAGAUUGUGUGGAACUAAGAUCAACCUACCACAACUUAAGCACUUGUCACUGUUUAAAUGCACAAAUGUCUACAAUUUCAACAUUCAGGCUACAAAGCUGCAGAUUUUAACCGUCUCUGCUUGUCCUGAUGCCAUGUUGCUCCGGUUAUUGGACAGUCCAUGGCUUUUAAAGGCUAUGAUUGCUUUGCAGAAACCCAUACAAGAUUUUCUACGACUUGAAAAAAUGAAUUUGUCAACAAUGUUGAGUAAGUUGCCCAUAGUUGAAUACUUUCAUAUCGACAAACAUUUUCUCAAGUGUUUGAUUGCAGAAAAGAUUCCAAAAUUACUUCCACAUGCGAUAACUAGUUUAAAGCAUCUGGGGUUGAUGGAUUUUGAACUUGGUGAUUUGGAUCUAGUUCAUAGUGCUCUUUGUUUGCUUCGAAACUCACCCAAUCUAGAAAAACUGUUUGUUUCGCACUCUUUGGAGCCUCGAAUUGAUGUGGGACCAGCUUCAAAUCAUUUGGAAUCCCCAGACUGCUUGUAUCGUACACUGGAUCAGUUGCAAAUUGUCGAGAUGAGACAUUUAAAAGGAUCAAAAGCGGAACUGUUUUUUAUAAAGCUUCUUCUUGCUCAUUCCCCUUCUCUCCAGAACUUUACCAUUACACCAAGUCAGAAAACUGAUGCUCAAAAAAGAUUUGACAUUGCUAAAGAUGUGAUGCAGUUCCCUCGAGCCUCACCCAAAAGCAAAAAUGUUCUACUUGAACCCGGAGAUAUAAUCAUAUCUGCAGUGACUAUAGCAAAUAACCACUAUGUUGAAGAACAAAGGGAAGGUGAAGGUGUGUGUGUGGGUGUGUGUGUCAAAUUACAUGCGUUGAAAGAGAAAUACUAA